AUGUUGAUGGUUGGUUUCAGCCUGUUGGAAUCUCCCAGGAACGAUCGAGCAGCCCAGUACCCAGGAAAAUGGCAGGCAGUUUUUCGCUUAUUUGAGUCUGGAAUCCCAAACCCUCAAGAAUGGCCUAGUGCAUGGGGAAACCAGCCUGGUGGGACUGCCUAUCCCGGGGCUUACCCUGGACAGUCACCUCCUGGGGUACCUGGACAGGCCCCACCUGGAGCCUAUCCUGGCACAACAGCACCUGCUUAUCCAGGAUCAACUGCAUCAGGUGCCUAUCCUGGGCAACUAGGUGGGCCUGGGGCCUACUCUCCUUCUGGACAGCCCAGUGCUCCUGGACAGCCUAGCACUCCCAGCACAUACCCUGCUGGUGGUCUCUUUGGUACUCCAGCUGGACCACUGAAUGUGCCCUAUGACCUGCCUCUACCUGCAGGAGUCAUGCCCCGCAUGCUGAUAACCAUGGGUACAGUCAAGCCCAAUGCGAACAGAAUUGCUUUAGAUUUCAAUCCACGCUCCAAUGAGAACGAGAGAGGCAUCAUCUGCCAUACAAAGACAGAUAAUAUCUGAGGCAAGGAAGAGCGACAGAUGGCUUUCCCAUUUGAAAGUGGUAAACCAUUCAAAAUCCAAGUACUGGUUGAAAAUGACCACUUCAAGGUGGCUGUCAUUGAUGCUCACUUGCUUCAGUACAACCAUCGGAUGGGAAAUCUCAAGGAUAUCAGCAAACUGGUCAUUUCUGAUGACAUAGACCUCACCAGUGCUUCACAUGUUAUGAUAUAA